CUUCUCCGCUCCGACGAGUCAGUUUCCAAGUGAGUGACACAUCGGAGCGGGGGACUGAGCAGGUGGGGUAGGUAGUAUAUACCCCCUCCCCUCCGCUCUUCCCCUCCACUCUUCGCCGCAAGCAAGGAAACCACCCACAAAUUACAAUGUACUACUGCCAAAGCUGCAACCUGAUCUUCCCCACAGCGCACGUCCUAGGCGUGCACACAUCGUCAGCGGCGCACCGGGCAGCCGACACGCAAGCCCUCGUCGGGAUCCCACUCGGACGGCUGAGCCGGGGGCAGAACCGCCGAUGCGUGUGCCGAGAUUGCCACCUCGGAUUCCCGUCGCCGCAGGUCAAGGAGCGACAUGUCACGACUUCCGAGAAACAUAGGCGCCUGUGUGGUUGCAGGGUCUGCGGAAAGGUCUUUGGCGAUAGACAGGCUGCCAAGUUUCAUAGGGAGCAGAAUGGGAAGUGUAAGGAGAAGGCGCGGAGCGGGGAGCGUGUGGACGAGGGAUGGGCGGCGAUGGUGAGGGAUGCGGAGGAGGAUGAGGAGGCUGGGGAGGAGGAGGCUGUGAUUCCGGAUGAUUGGAGUCAGGAACUUGAUGAGGUUGGGGAAGACGAGAAGGAGGAAGACGAAGAUGAAGUCCACGACGAAAGCGAGGACGAACUCCACGACGAUGAUGAUGAUGAAGACAAAGAUACAGAUCACGGCAAAGACCCAGAUUCAGACUCAGAUCACGGCAAAGACCCAGACUCAGACUCAGACCACGAGUAUGCCAACGACGAAGACAAAUCCACCGACGCUGGCGAAUUAUCAGCCGGCCUUGUCGCUCUCGCCCUCGGCGGUAACGUCGCCCCCGGGCCCUCCACCUCCUCUAGCAGCCCCAACCUCUCCCGCAAAGGCACGCCGCUAACCUCCCUCCCCCCCUCCGUCCGCGCAAACAUAGACCGCAAAUUCAUCUGCCAGCCCUGCGGCCGCGCCUUCCCCAGCAAGCACAAAAGACAGCAGCACGCACGGAGAUCGGACGAGCACCGCGCCCUGUGUUGCUGCUCCUCGUGCGGAAGGAACUUUGGCACUCAGCAGGAGAGGGAUGAUCACUUUGCCUAUUGCUCCCAGCGGGCGGGCAUGGGGCUGGAUCGCGGAAGGGGUGGGUAUCCUGAUCGUGGGCGUGAGCGUGGGUGGGGUGAACUUGGUAGCCGUAGUGGCGAUCGUGGUGGUCGUGGUGGUCGUGGUGGUCGUGGUGGUCGUGGUGGUCGUGGUGGUCGUGGUGGUCGCGGAAGAGGAGGAAGAGGAGACGGCUCCCGCACUCGCAUUCCCCAAUCGUCGCCGCCAGUAAUUGGUCCUAGACGAGCCGGGCACUGCUGGAUCUGCAACCACGACCUCCUGCCUGACGAGAAUUUCAGGGCGCAUAUCGCGUCCGCCGACCAUAUCGGUGCGUGUAAGGAGCAGAGAUUCUACUGCCGCCGGUGCGAUAUACCGUUCGGGAACGAGUUUGGGCUGGAACUGCACAGGGUCCUAGAACAUUGCGCAGCGGAGGCCAUGGGCCUUGGCGGGUUAACUGCCUAGAUGGAUUAACUGCCUAGAUGGGAAAGAGUCUGCUCGUUUCCUUUUUCUUUGAUCGAUGGUCGAUGGUCUUCUUGUCUGGUGGAUAAAUGAAUGUAGCCAAACAAAACUAUACGGCAUGCAUUCGCGCCAGUAUACGCCAUAUAUGAAAGUGCUGGUAGUCUGCAUGUCCAAGGGCAUCGGAGACUGGCAUUGGCCGCGACAACUUCCCUUUCCCACCCUCUAGCCAGACAGUGGUGAUGGUCGUGAAGCGGCAAAUCGCGUCCUAACAGACUACCUAUUCGGAUAUGUGUCAAUUCCCUCCAAAGAAGC